AUGGCGACACCGGAGCAGAAGUCCCCAAAUGUCUUGCUGCAGAACCUGUGCUGUCGUAUACUUGGCAAGGGGGAAGCGGAUGUAGCCCAGCAGUUCCAAUAUGCAGUUCGCGUGAUCGGCAGUAAUUUUGCCCCAACUGUUGAAAGGGAUGAGUUUCUCGUUGCUGAAAAAAUUAAAAAAGAAUUUGUGCGUCAGAGAAGAGAAGCCGAUGGUGCUCUGUUCUCAGAGCUGCAUAGGAAACUCCAGUCACAAGGAGUGGUGAAAAACAGAUGGGCAAUUCUCUAUCUUUUGCUUAGCCUUAGUGAAGAUCCACGUAAACAACCAAACAAGGUAUCCAACUAUGCAACACUGUUUGCUCAGGCCCUGCCUCGUGAUGCUCAUUCAACACCAUACUACUACGCAAGGCCACAGACCCUCCAACUAAAUUACCAGGACCGCAAUGUUCAGUCUGUGCAGAAUUCUGCUGCUUUGGGCAGUAGUGGGAUUGGCAGUAUUGGAAUGUACUCUUUAAAUGGGCCAACUCCACCACCACAGACCUUUGUUCCUGGGCAGUCAUAUCAAACCUCAGCAGUUGGUGAUUCCCUCCGUCAACAGUUGGGAACGCGUCUUGCGUGGACUUUAGCAACUGGUCAGCAGCCAGCUUUGCAAAAUGUCACCAACAAAGGCUUUCCAAACACUGUGACCCGCAAUGUGCCAAGAUCCAGGAGGGAGGGAGAGGCAAGUGGUUCUGUUGAAAUAACGGAGUCCUCUCUCGUACGAGAUAUUCUAUAUGUGUUCCAGGGCAUAGAUGGAAAGUGCAUUAAAAUGUGUAAUUCUGAAAACUGCUACAAAGUUGACAGUAAGGUGGCACUAUCAAAAUCCCUUAAAGAUACCACUGGAAGGCUUGCAGAGUUAGGAUGGCUUCAUAAUAAAAUAAGAAAAUACACAGACCAAAGGAGUUUAGACCGAGCAUUUGGACUUGUUGGACAAAGUUUUUGUGCUGCAUUACAUCAGGAACUUAAAGAAUAUUACCGUCUUCUUUCAGUUCUGCAUUCUCAGGCAGAAGAUGACCAAGGUGUUAAUUUAGGACUUGAAAGUAGUUUAACUCUUCGACGCCUUUUGGUAUGGACAUAUGAUCCCAAAAUUAGAUUGAAAACUCUUGCAGCACUUGUUGACCACUGUCAAGGGAGGAAAGGCGGAGAGUUGGCAUCAGCAGUACAUGCAUACAGUAAAACAGGAGACCCAUAUAUGCGGUCCUUGGUGCAGCAUAUUCUUGGUUUAGUGUCACAUCCAAUUGUAAACUUCCUUUACCGCUGGAUAUAUGAUGGAGAGUUGGAAGAUACUUACCACGAGUUUUUUGUAGCUUCAGAUCCAACAGUGAAAACAGAUCGACUUUGGCAUGACAAGUAUACUCUUAGGAAAUCAAUGAUCCCAUCUUUCAUAACCAUGGAUCAGUCUAGAAAGGUUCUUUUAAUUGGGAAGUCCAUCAACUUUCUGCAUCAAGUGUGCCAUGAUCAGACACCUACAGCUAAGAUGAUGGCAGUGGCCAAAACUGCAGAAUCACCAAAAGAUGCUGCAGAUCUGUUCACAGACCUGGAAAAUGCUUUUCAGAGUAAAAUUGAUGCUGCAUAUUUUGAGACCAGCAAAUAUUUACUGGAUGUUCUUAACAAGAAUUACAACUUGCUGGAGCACUUGCAGGCCAUGAGACGCUACCUCCUGCUGGGUCAGGGAGAUUUUAUACGCCAUCUAAUGGACUUACUUAAACCAGAACUUGUUCGUCCAGCAACUACAUUGUACCAACAUAAUCUUACAGGGAUACUUGAAACUGCUGUGAGAGCAACCAAUGCACAAUUUGACAAUCCUGAGAUUCUAAAGCGAUUGGAUGUCCGACUUCUAGAGGUAUCUCCUGGAGACACUGGAUGGGAUGUAUUUAGUUUAGAUUACCAUGUGGAUGGACCUAUAGCCACAGUCUUUACCAGAGAGUGUAUGAGCCAUUAUCUGAGAGUGUUCAACUUUCUUUGGCGUGCAAAGAGGAUGGAAUACAUUCUAACAGACAUUUGGAAAGGACAUAUGUGCAAUGCAAAAUUACUGAAAAGCAUGCCAGAGCUAUCUGGGGUGCUUCAUCAGUGUCACGUCCUGGCUUCAGAAAUGGUCCAUUUCAUUCAUCAGAUGCAGUAUUACAUCACAUUUGAGGUUCUGGAAUGCUCAUGGGAUGAACUUUGGAACAAGGUGCAGCAAGCACAGGAUUUGGAUCACAUCAUUGCAGCUCAUGAGGUGUUUUUGGAUACAAUCAUUUGUCGCUGUCUACUUGAUAUAGCGACUCAAGAGCUCUACUAAAUCAACUUCGUGCUGUGUUUGACCAGAUUAUUGAGUUUCAGAAUGCCCAGGAUGCAAUGUAUAGGGCUUCUCUUGAAGAGUUACAACGAAGACUGCAAUUUGAGGAACGAAAAAAAGAGAGAGAAUCAGAGGGAAAGUGGGGAGUUACAGAAGCUGAAGAGGAAGAAGAAAAUAAAAGAGUUUUAGAAUUUCAAGAAUCUAUACCAAAAAUGCGUUCUCAACUUCGGAUUCUCACUCAUUUCUAUCAGGGUAUUGUGCAGCAGUUUUUAGUUUUACUGACUACAAACACAGAUGAAAGCCUUCGGUUUCUGAGCUUUAGGUUGGACUUCAAUGAACAUUAUAAAGCUAGAGAGCCAAGGCUUCGUGUGUCAUUGGGUACCAGAGGAAGACGCAGCUUACAUUCCUGA